ACAUAGAGAGAAGUCCAAGUUUUUAUGAUCGUUUGAUAAAAAAAAAACAAAGAUUAGCGAAGAAAAGUAGGAUUAAAAAAAAAAAGAAAGAAAAAAAGGGCAAAGAGACGACAGAAGCAGAUCUCCGACUGAUUUAGAUCCAAUUCUAUGUUUCACACAAAGAGAAGAGAUGAGAUGACGUGAAAGAAGCAAAACUGGUUCGUUUCUUACCACCGAUUCUAUCUGUCGAACCGGCCAUGCGUCUGCAACCUCCUCCUCUAAUAAUAUGUUACGCCAUCUUAUCCUUCCUCCAACCAUUUCUGUUGCUCGUUCUCGCCCAAACUAACCCUUCCGUUACUCCAAUCAACUGGGAUCUCUACCACUCCAGUGAUGAUUUAGUGGAGCAAAUACACUCUUUGGUACAUCGGCAUCCUGAUAAGCUUUCGAUUGAGACGUUUAAAUCUGGAAACAAGGGCUACAAUGCCGAGGUCAACGUGGUUACUUACUGUCGGGGCGGAAGACAGAGUGAUGACAGAUCAAACUUUAGAAUCCUUCUUACUUUUGGGCAGCAUGGGAGAGAGCUUAUCACCUCUGAACUCGCCUUUCGGAUUUUGUCCAUUCUCAGCGAAGAACAGUUCUUACCAAACAUUAAUGGAGGGGCAACCCUCAACAACACCCUCCUGGACAAGCUUGUCAUUAAGCUGGUUCCUAUAGAAAACUUUAAUGGGCGUAAACGCGUUGAAGCUGGUGAUCUUUGUGAACGCAGAAAUGGAAGAGGAGUUGACUUGAAUCGAAAUUGGGGCGUUGACUGGGGCAAGAAGGAAAAAGACUAUGAUCCAUAUGAAGAGAAUCCUGGAACUGCUCCGUUUAGUGAGCCCGAAACUCAAAUAAUGCGCAAGCUAGCUUUAUCAUUUGAUCCUCACAUAUGGAUUAACGUCCAUUCUGGAAUGGAGGCUCUAUUUAUGCCAUAUGACCACAAAAACACAACCCCGGAAGGAUUGCCUUCCCAAAAGAUGAGGUCCUUGCUUGAAAAAGUGGAUAAACUUCAUUGCCAAAACCGUUGCAUGAUUGGAUCUGGCGGAGGCUCUGUUGGGUACCUGGCACAUGGUACAGCUACAGAUUAUAUCUAUGACGUUGUAAGGACACCAAUGGCUUUCACCUUUGAGAUAUAUGGAGACAACCAGACUUCUUCAAGAGAUUGCUUUAAAAUGUUCAACCCUGUUGAUCUACCCACUUUCAAGACACUUCUCAACGACUGGUCUGCUGCCUUCUUCACAAUUUUCAAAAUGGGACCGUUUCAUUUAGACCAAAACAGUACCAAGGCUGCAGAGAAAUGGGUGUCCAUAGAUGAGUAUUUGGACGGUUACUUGGUGGAAAGGAAGAACAGAUAUGGGAAGAAUAUGGAAGUGAUCGAUGUCGGAAUGCAGGAGAUUAAGACUUACUUCAGGCUCUUCUUGUUGUCCUCGGUACUUCUGAUGUUCAUGUUCUGUUCCAGAAUCGCCAAGAGCAAGUAUGGUAGAAACUCCAUACCUGUUGUCAUGCAAUGAAACUAUUGGAGGGGAAAGUCUCUCUCACCCAGUUUAUUAACCCUUGUAAGUUAGUAAUUUUUUUUUGUUUUGUUUGCAAAACUUGUAUUUCUAAUUUAUUUGCUCCAGUUUUAGGAAUGGUGUGUGACAUGAUAAUUUUUUGGAUUUGAGAUUUGAUUAAAGGUGAUACGGUUUAGAAUU